AUGCGUGGGUUGUCGCUGUUGCUUGGUGUUCUCCUCUUGUUUGCACUCCUCUUCCUCGACCUCCAUCUGAAGCCCACCACCGUCAUCUUCUCCAAUGAAGGCCUUGUCACCGCCUCCGCUCCACCCGCAGCUAAGCGAGAGUUCAGCCUCCUUAUCGGUAUCCUGACUCGCGCCGACCUCUACGACCGCCGCCACUUCCUCCGCUUCGUCUACGGCACGCAGGCCUCCUCCGUUGCCACCAUUCACGUCAAGUUCGUCCUCUGCAGGCUCACCAAGGCCGAGCAGCGGAUGCUGAUCGCGUUGGAGAUCCUCCGCUUCGAGGACAUCAUCGUCCUCAACUGCACCGAGAACAUGAACGCCGGCAAGACCUACACCUACUUCUCCUCUCUGCCAACCGUCCUCCCGCAUCGCUACGACUACGUGAUGAAGGCCGACGACGACGCGUUCAUAAGGCUGGCAGAGCUCGCGGCGGCGCUGAGGCCGCUGCACCGGAGCGACCUCUACUACUGUGCGGCCGUCCCGUGCUCGAGCAGGGACCCUUCCGUCGGGUACAUGUCGGGCAUGGAGUUCGUGCUUUCGUGGGACCUAGUGCAGUGGAUCGCCACGUCGGAGAUCCCGGCGAGGGAUACGGUGGGACCGGAGGAUAAGCUGGUGGGGAGGUGA